AUGUUGCAGGACCGGGAAGACGAUGACAUCGACGGCAGCGGUCGCGGUGGUCCACCACUGCCCCCUCCGCCGCCUCCCAACCCACACGGCUUCCCGCUACCGGGACCAAAGGGCGAGAAGGGGGACGCUGGCUCUCCGGGUCCUCCUGGAGACAGUGUAGAGGGUCCGCCAGGCCUCCCGGGUCCUCAGGGACCACCUGGACCUCCUGGGGAGCCUCUGGCCAUCCAUCCAGGCGACCCCAAGUACGAGCUGUGGAGAGGCCCGCCGGGACCGCCUGGGGUGUGCUCGUGUGAAGACCGGCCGCAGCCUAGAGCCGAGGAUGCCAUAGCCGGCCCUCAGGGACCAAAGGGUGACAAAGGGGACGCUGGAGCUCCAGGAGCACAGGGACCGCCUGGACUCAAAGGCGAGCCUGGAAGAGAUGGAUCACCUGGAAGUCCUGGACCGCCUGGAAGCCCCGGUUUGCCUGGAACAAUGGACCCAGACACACUCAAGGCGCUGGCGACGGCCGGUCCCCCGGGAGCCGUGGGCGAGAAGGGCGAGCCUGGACUGCCUGGAGCGGCUGGAGGCCAGGGCGAGCCCGGCCCCGCAGGUCCCAAGGGCGACCCGGGCCCCGCAGGCGCGCCCGGCGCCGCCGGACACCAGGGUCCUCCGGGUCUGCCUGGAGUCCCUGGACCGAAGGGCAGCCAAGGGCCUCCGGGACUGGACGGCGCGCCCGGCGUGCCCGGAACCGAUGGCAGGGACGGCGACAAGGGCCUCAAAGGUGAUCCAGGGAUUCCAGGGAGAGAAGGGCCACCCGGUCCUCCAGGCCCGACGCCGGAGCUGCCCAUCCUCAACGAGGUUGCUCCAGCUCCAGGACAGAAGGGCGAUCGAGGAGAGCCUGGACCAAAGGGCGAGCCUGGAGAGCCCGGUCCCAAAGGCGACAGGGGCGAUCCCGGGCGACCUGGAGUUCCAGGGGAGGACGGCGGUCCAGGACCGCAGGGCCCACGAGGUCCACAGGGCGACCGCGGCGAGCGCGGCCUGCCCGGAGCUACCGGAGCGCCGGGCCCGAAGGGAGAGCGCGGGCCGCCGGGACCCCACGUCGAGGUGGGCGCCGGCACGCCGCUGGUGCUGCAGAAGGGCGACAAGGGCGAG